AUGAGAGACCACCACCUCUGGGACAACCAGGUGAGGAGACAAGGAGGCCCCUCCACGAGCAAAUCCCGUUCCUCUUCUCGAUAUGAGGGAGGGUGGGAACUAGUUCGCCCGAGAAGACCUCUUCCUGGCGAAUCCUCUUCGCUAUUCGUCGGAAAUAUCUCUUUCGUCACGAAAUCUGACUAUCUCGCCAAAAUAUUUGGGAAAUACGGCAAAAUUACAGACAUCUAUAUACCCUGGAAUCGUUCCAUCCAGAGACCACAAGGCUACGCUUUCAUUUGUUUCUUCUACGAGGACGACGUGCAUGCGGCCAUGGGGGUGCUCAAUGGCAAGAGGGUCGAUGGUAGAAUCCUAUCCAUUUCGAGAGCUAAGCCUCACUCAAAUGCUUCGGCCCGCCCAUCAACCUAG